AUGGGCAUAGUCAAAAAUGAAAGGAGGCCCCGAGACUCAUCUCUGCGGGAUGCCACAGCUGCUCCACAGGGUGUUGACACGGUCACCCUCGAUUCACUGCAGCCGGUUUGUGGUAACCAAUGCUGUGAAGACACCCAAAAAUCAUCAGGAACGGGAGUCUUAGAUCAGCACGACUCUAACGACGCAAAGACGAUUUCUGCCGGGAAAGAGUGUCCACUCUGUGGCAAAGUAUUUACCCAUUUGCCCAGCUUUAAGCGGCAUGCAUACAAGUGUCAUGGAAUCACAUCAUACACAACAGAUGGUGAAUCCUGCAAGGGCAAGGAUGGCAGAGAAUUUGGCUGCAGCGUGUGUGGGAAAGUCUUCAAACGCUCUUCCACGCUGUCCACUCACCUGCUCAUACAUUCCGACACGCGGCCCUACGCCUGCCAGUACUGCAGCAAGCGCUUCCACCAAAAGUCGGACAUGAAGAAACACACUUUCAUACACACGGGCGAGAAGCCCCACGUGUGUCACAUAUGCGGCAGAGGCUUCAGUCAGAGUUCCAACCUCAUCACGCACAGCCGCAAGCACCGAGGCGACUGGCCCCACCGCUGCCCUCGCUGCCUCUUCAGCUUCCAGGAGCCUGUGGACCUGUGGCAGCACCACUGUGCCCACCGCUGACACAAACCACAUCACACCCCACCGGGAUCCUUGGGAGACUCGGAAUGAAACGGAAGAUUGGCAGAGACGUGGAGAUGAGGCCCAACUAUUUCAGGUUCGAAAGCCUAAAUGCACCGCAGCACAAAUUGAAACCAGAGAGGUUAAGUUGGGAUAAGUUGCCAUAACCUUGGCAUGGAAUUUGCAGAAUUCAUGUGCACUACGCAAUACUAAGAAUUGCAGAAAGUGGAUGAAGUUGGCCAAUUUAAUACAACUGUUAUUUUAAUAUUGGUACAUUUCAUGUUUUUUCCUUGAUCCUUUGAACAAAUAAAGAUUUUGUACAGAC